AUGGCUUUAUCUGAUAGGGGCUCGCUUCUUCAAGCUUCGCCCAACCUAUACAAGGUGCUGCUCGCUUUCUCUCAGCCACCAGUGGCUUAUGUAGUGGCAUUCCUACGUGCUCCUCUUUGCCCCAUACUUAAGAAUCCAAAGGUGACCUUUGGCUGUUGUCUUGACGCUUUGGUUACGAAAGUUUUGGGGGUGGGUUCAUUGAUUAGUACACCUCCGGUGCUGAUAAGGUCGGGACCGUGGUCGUCCGUCUCAGGUUUGCCGGCCGAUAAGAUCUCUGAGAUUGACCAGCCAACUGGGUUGGUUUGGCUAUUCCUUUCUAUUGAAAAGAAGGAGUCAGCUGUCUGCGUGAGGGAGGGAUUUACCUUUUUAACGCAUAUUCACUCGUACCGGCAUAGCCCCACUGAUUUGUUUUCGAUCGGAGCAUCAAGCAGCGCAACCCGGUUCUACUUGACUAAGCCUCGUGCUCAUCCAAGGAGGGAGUUUGCUUUACCCAACUCCCUUUUUGAUAACAAGGCAGAAACCCCCGACAUUCAUUAG